AUGGACAAAGCAACCUUGGAAGCUAUUUUAAAAUCACUAAAUGAUUGGAUGGCACAGAUUUUGGAGGCUCAGAAAUCAUGGAUGGAGACAAACACGCGGGGCACAAUUGUGGGCAGUUCAGGUAUGUCAGUUGUUCAGCCUUUUCCGGCUUACAAAAAAGAUGAAAACUGGAAAACCUACUUGAAGCAGUUGGAGCAACAUUUCGAGGCGUGUGGAGUUUCAGAGGAUAAACAAAAGCGCGCAUUUUUCCUUUCUUGGAUUGGAAGUGAUAACUUUGAAACUCUUCAGAAGCUCUAUGGGGGAGAAGACUUAUCUACAAAGUCGUUCAAAGAGCUAACGGAGAAGCUUAGUGAGCAUCUCGUGUCCAAAAUUCAUGUUCUAGCUGCCAGAUAUCAAUUUCACAAAACUUCGACGAAGCCAGGGCAAACGUAUGCCGAUUGGGUUGCUGAUCUUCGAGGUGUGGCACGCAACUGUAAGUUUUCUUGUCCAAAAGAAACGUGUUCAGAAUCGUACGUAGAUAACAUGAUUCGUGACAUCAUUGUUCUCUAUACUCCGCAUGACACUGUUCGAACGCAAGCUUUACAAAAGAUUGACCCAGAGUUAAAAGAUGUGUUGGAUAUAGCCACUGCAUACGAGACAACACAAAAAACAUUUUCGGCGAUCAAAGAGAACAAUAAUGAGAUGGAGGUAAAUGCAUUAUCGACCUCAAAGGGAUGUUCUCAGUCGCGCACACAAUCCGAUUCAGCGAGAAAAUCUUGUCCCAGCUGUUUUGUGAAUCACCAGAGAAGCGAUUGUCGCCACAAUAAAACUGUUUGCCAUAAAUGCAAAAAAAAUUGGGCAUAUAGCAGCUGUUUGUUUGAUGAGUGUGAACGAUGGGAAUGCUAUGAAGUCGUUGCGUCACAUGAAUGUGCGAUGGUGAAAGCUGAAUCAAGGCCGUGGAUUAUGGUGGAUGUCGUUGUCAAUGGGUGCCCGAUGAGAUUCCAGGUUGACACGGGGGCAUCUUGUUCGCUAGUUGGAUUAGAAGGAUUCCAGAAAUUGGGGCAACCAAAGUGCUGUGCUACAACCAAGUCUCUCCAAGCAUACGGUGGAACACCACUAAGGUUAAAAGGAGAACUGGCUGUGCAGGUGACAUACGAAAAUUCCACACAUAAUAUGAAUUUGCUCGUAGUUGAUGGCUCUGGUGCGAACAUAUUGGGUCUAGAUUGGUUUAAAGCUUUCAGCUUAAAGGUUCAACACUCUAUUUUACAAAUUAAAUCUAAUGAUUUUCUUCUCAACAGCAUUGAGACGUUAUGCAAGAAGUACGGCAGACUUUUUUCAUCGGGGCUAGGCAAGUGCACAUCCUUUCAAGCUCACUUGGAAUUGAAGGAGGGUGCAGUUCCAAAGUUUGUACGUCAUCGUCAAAUUCCCUAUGCUCUCUUAGAUGGAACGAAAAAAGAACUAGAUCGCUUGGUGGCCGAGGGAAUUUUGUCCUGGGUUCAGCCCACUCAAUGGGCUGCACCGGUGGUGAUCGUCGAGAAGGCUAAUGGUGGGAUACGGAUUUGUGGCGAUUUUAAAACAACGGUGAAUCCACAAAUCGCAUGCAAUCGUCAUCCACUUCCUCGACCACGAGAUUUAUUUCACAAGCUUCGUGGAGGAAAAGUAUUCAGUAAAAUUGAUCUAUCGGAAGCUUAUCUUCAGAUUGAACUGGACGAAUCUUCGAGAGAAUAUGUGGUGACACACCUUUUGGUCUCUUACGAUUCAAUCGGUUGCCGUACGGGAUAA